CUGCCUGCACCCGCGACAUGCGUUGACCCGACACCCUCCCAGACCGCCGUACACAUGGACAACUCGUGCCUCCUCGACCUCCUCAUCAGGUGCUUCGCGAUGACCGAGCCCGAGGACCUCAACUUCACGGCUUUCACCGACCUUUGCCGCCUCUGCUCACUCAAGAGCGGACCUCGCCUGCACAUCUUCGACAAGGAGUCCGAGCAGAGGCAGAUACUCUUCAAGCUCAGGACCUGCAUGCCUACUAUGCAGAUUUCCAAAGACGACUUCCUGCCGAAGAAGAUCUGCGAGCGCUGUAUCACACGACUCGAGCAGCUUUACGAAUGGCGACAGAGCUGCCUUAACACCGACUCCGUGCUUCGGAACUACGCGGAGAGCAUGCGGAUUGUCACGUCCACCAUUAACUUUCAAGAUGGAACAGUCAACAUGGACAAGAUGACGGAAGCACAAAAAACAGCAUACUUAGAAGCACAUGUAGCUGUACAACAACAUAUGGCUCAGGCCGCCGCAGCUGCAAGAAGAGAACAGCAGCAGCAGCAGCAACAACAGCAACAGCAGCAGCAGCAACAACAACAACAGCAACAACAACAGCAGCAGCAGCAACAACAACAGCAACAACAGCAGCAGCAGCAACAGCAACAACAGCAGCAACAGCAACACUACGCUACCAUCAAUUCGCCGAUAAAGGUACCUCAAGUGAGCUCUAGCACCGGCGGUCCAGACAGCACGUUCACUGUACCCGACGACGUAGGAAUGGGCUUUGAAGGAGGAGUGAGGGUGCUACAGAGUCUUGGCAAUUGGUCUCCAGAAGUAACGAACAACAUUCCGCGGCCAAAUCUCAUACCAUUCACGGAACCGUACGCGGAAGGAGGAUCGAUGCAUCCUGGAACGCGGUUGAAGGCACUACAAGGCAGUUCCAUCAGAAAACAUCCUGCUAUAAAACCUACUAGCUCUACCAGCGAAGGAAUGACGGGAAGCAAAGCUUUCGAGUGUACAGUGUGCGGAAAAGGUUUAGCACGGAAAGAUAAACUAACGAUACACAUGCGGAUUCACACGGGAGAAAAGCCCUAUGUAUGCGAAGUAUGCAAUAAGGCGUUCGCUCGACGGGACAAGUUGGUCCUACACAUGAAUAAGCUGAAGCACAUCACGCCAUCGAACAUCGCGCCACUCGGUAAACGGACGAUUACGAUACCACCUCUAAAAUUGGACGACGUGAAACCUCAACUGACAAAACAAGAGGACACGAAACCAAGUCAGGCAGAGAUUGCAGCAGCAGCACAACAGCAGCAACAACAGCAGCAGCAACAGCAGCAUCAACAAACUCACCAGCAGCAGAUCCAGGUCUGCCAGGUACCCGGCCACACCUUUACGAACACGAAUCUAGUGCAUACAAGUGCGGCAACUGCAGUUGCAGCAGCUACUGCUGGUAUGGUGGUUUCCUGGUCGUGUGAGCUGUGCGGCAGACUGUUUGCGACCAGAGACGAGUGGAGCGCUCACGCAAAAUCACAUCUUCCUGACACUAAGCUAUUGCAGGAUAAAAUGCAGCAAACGCAACAACAUCAACAACAAGAAAAGGUCCAUCUAUCGAAUCAAGAAAAAUUGCAGCUUUUGCAUCAUCACAACCAGAACCAACAAAUCCUCAAUGGUCAUGGCAUAGCCACUGCUUCCGUCUCCACUGCAACUGUGGUUAACGAAGGAGGGGGUGGAGGAGGAGGCGCGUACUUUACCCAUGGACAUACACAUUACGCACCAGAACGACAACAUACGCAUGCACACCAUCUAUGUUUGAUGUGCAGACAAGAGUUCGCUGGUAAAGCUGAAUUCAUGUUCCACGUACGAGGACACUUCGAAGGCAAAGUGACGGAUAUAGCGGCGGCUGAUGUACUCGCGAGAUCUUUAGUGGAUAAUUCUGGUUUGUGUACCUGA